AUUCCAUAAAUCAGAACAUACAAACAUUAAAACCCCCAUUGGACAAUACCUUCUCUCUGCUUCACUUCACAGUUCACACACAACACACACUAAAUACAUCAUCAAAGUACACUGCACCUUAAAGAAUCAAUCUUCAUAAAACCCAGAAGAAAAAGUAUCCAAUUUUCUUCAUAAAUCUCAAGCUUCACCCUUUUUCUGCUUUUGGGGCUAACCGGUUUCUUGAUUUUCCGACGAGACACAGAAGCUUUUUUCACCGGAAAACAUGGAAAUGGAUUUAUGGGGUUCAAGGGUUCAGUCUGUAAAACACCACCACCACCACCACCACCACUUUCACACUCUCCAAUCUGGACGGCUCAACAACUCCGAUAAUCAUCUUACAAUAGAUGGGGAUGAUGAUGUUAGAGCAUGGUUUCCCUGCCCAUUUUGCUAUGUAGAAAUCGAAAUCCCUGCCCUUUGUUGCCAUCUACAAGAAGAACAUUGUUUCGACCUAAAUAACGCGGUUUGUCCGAUAUGUGCAGCAAAUUUAGGCAAAGAUGCAAUUGCACAUUUCACAUCACAACAUGUUCAUUCGAUAAAGAGGAGGAGAAAAUCCGGGAAGUCAGGGUUGUGGAGUAAUGGUGUGAGCCUCACACGAGAAAUGACCGAAAGGGGAAACAUGACCGAAACCACACCCGAUCCACUAUCGGCAUUUCUAUAUAGUGCUCCAUUUUCAGAAAUUCAAGAAGAUCAACCAACAAUACCAAGUACAACUUUUGAUGUCAAGAGCACAAACGAAGAACUAGAAGUCAAGGAUCAUGAAGAGAAGAUGCAUAGAGCAGCAUUCGUUCAACAACUCAUCUUUUCCACCAUUUUCUAAAGUAAAUGUCCCAAGAAGGCAAGAAACAAGCCAUAGUAGCAAGAGGAAGUUAAUUUGUAUCAGUUUAAGCUGGGCCUUGAUGGUUUAAAAUUAUUAGUGUACCCAUCAU